AUGAAUAUUGAACGUACAAGUGAUGUUCAAAUAGAUGAAGAAGUUAAUUUCGAAGUAUUAAUUUCAAAUCCUAACAUAAUAAAAGGAUUAUCCAAAGCUGGUUACGAGCGUCCUUCACCAAUACAAUUAAAAGCAAUUCCUCCUGGUAAACUUGGAAUAGAUGUUAUCGCACAAGCUAAAUCUGGGACCGGAAAAACUAUAGUUUUCGGAAUUAUAGCAUUAGGAAUGCUAGAUUUGAAUAAUCUGAAGCCUCAGGUAUUGGUUUUGGCGCCUACUCGUGAGAUUGCUGUACAGAUAAAAGAAGUUAUUUGUAAUAUCGGUCGUUAUAUGGAAGGCUUAUAUUGCCAUGUCUUUAUUGGAGGUUUGCCUAUUGGUAAAGAUUUACCGAAACUUGAAAAAUGUCAAAUUGUAAUAGGCACACCCGGACGAAUUGAUAUUCUUUUACGUAAAAAGAAUAUGUCUAGCAAAAAUUUGAAAUUGCUGGUUUUAGACGAGGCAGAUAAAUUAAUGGAAAGCAAUUUUUUCUCACAAAUAAAGAAAAUUAAUGUCAAACUUCCUGUUAAUAAACAAGUUCUUGCAUUUUCUGCAACAUAUGACAAGCCUUUAUUAAAAGCUCUUAGUCACUUUGUUCGAAAUCCACACCAUAUUAUGCUAUCAGAUGAUACACUCUGUCUGCAAGGAGUUUUGCAAUAUUAUCAAUUAGUCGAAUCCCCUGAAACAAAUAAUAUACUGGACAAGUUCAAAAUUUAUGAAGCGAAAUUCCAAAAAUUGGCAGAACUUUUAGGAAGAGUACCCUUUUAUCAGUGCAUCGUCUUUAUGAAUCAUCGGGGGUUGGAUCAACAAGAAAGACUUGAAACUAUGUCAAAGGCUCGCAGAUUCCAAAUAAGGGUCCUUGUCUGUAGUGAUUUGAUUGCUAGGGGCAUUGAUAUCGAAAGAGUAAAUUUGGUUGUGAAUCUAGAUAUGCCUAAAGAUGCUGAAACAUACCUUCAUCGAGUAGGCAGAACUGGACGUUACGGAACUUAUGGAUUGGCGAUAAGUUUUGUGGAUAUUAAUGAAAUGAAUUUUAUUGAAUCUUUAAAGGAAAAUUAUCAUGUUGGAAUUCAUCCGCUUUCUGAUGAAAUUUCAUUUAAACAUCAUCAAAGAACUUUAACAACUGAAACAGAUCAAAAAGCAUAUGAAAAAUUUUUAGAUGAAAGAGAUAUCAUCAAGGUUCAAAUUCCUGAGAUACCUCCUGUAUUAUUUUCAACUGAUGAUAAACAGAAAGAAUCACAUUAUUAUCAAUGGUAUAAUAAUUGGUAUAAUUAUCAAAUUAGUAAUAAUGAUUUUAUACCUCCAGAUUUAUUAUUUAAAUAA